CCGAGCUUCCCAACUAAAGUUUUUGAAGAUUGGCAAGGACGAAAAUGAACUGGAAGAAACAGAGCCGCAAGUGGCUUCUGUUGCCGAGCGAGCGAUACUCUCAAAGCCGGUUGACGAUCACCUCGCAUCAACCUUCCAGGAGGCGCUGGAAUGGCAUCCAGGAAACGCACGGCGGGGGCCGAACCUGAGCCUCGCUCGAGCAGGCGACCUAGGGCGCACGUAACAAUUCAGACAGCGCUGUACGCUGCUGAGAUGCAGACCGCCAAUAUUGCGGGGAAGCAUGCCCUCAAUUGCAUUGUCAUAGGCGACGACAUUUGGAUUUGGUAUUACGACCACCAAGGCCUCAUCAGCGUGGCAGGGUUCAAUUUUGUUCAAGAUCUCCCUCGCUUUCUGGUGUUGUUAUACGCUCUCCAGCGAUUCAAUUUGGAGGACUGGGGUCGAAACACAGACUUUGAACCGCAGCUCGAAGGCGACCGCGUCAAGUCCUACAUCCUCGAGGUCGAUGGAUACACACUGGAACUUUACAGGAAGAGUGACCCCCACAUGGUGUUGGCAGGACGUGGGACUAAUGUUAUGGACGUCACCUGCGAAGGCCUAAUGCCGGGCAAUUCGAAGGAAAAGGCCGACGAGCUGGCGGCGAAAAUUUACUGGGCGGAGGAGGCACGAGUCCCAGAGGAAUGUAUUUUGCGCCGCGUCAUGGCAAUUGCGGAUCCCACCGUCAGAGGACAUGUGCCGGAUUUGUGCUUUGCGAAGAGGUUUCCGGUUUCCACAUCUACAAUUAGGGAGGCUCUUGGCCUCGAGAACCCUGACAAAGGCAGCAAGACGCUCGUCCUGCUCGUAUCAAAGAAGCUUUCGCCAGUCUACGAGCUCCCAGGUGACGAAAUGUUCGACACAUGGCGGCAGUGCGUUUUGUGUCACUAUACUCUCUGGAGCAAGGGGAUCCAUCAUCGUGACGUGAGCCACUCAAACCUGAUGUACUAUAGGGAUGGCAGCAAGGUGAUGGGCGUCUUAAAUGAUUACGACCUUUCGUCUUUAACAGAUUUUGACAACCCGAUGGGUGACGAGCGGACUGGAACAAUGCCGUUCAUGGCAAUCGAUCUCCUCGAGAAAGAGGGCCUGGAUGGCAAAGUGGAGCACCUAUACCGCCGUGAUAUGGAAUCGUUCGUCUACAUAUUCAUCUGGAUUUCCCUGCAGUACAAGAACGGCAUCUCGCUGAAGCCAGGACCCCUGGAUUCAUGGACCAAAGUCGAUGCCCGUGGAUGUUCGGAGAAGAAGAGCCAUUUCCUGGCUCUCCAUGAAGUGCCUGAAGACGUCGACAACUACGAUCUUGUGAUGGAUCUCAUGAUCUUCCUUGCGCAGAGACUCAACGCUCAUAAUCAUCGCAAGGCAACUGAAAAAGCUGCUCGACGACGGCUGGCAGAUGCACGUUCUUCAGAUGCUGUUAAAGCCACUGCACAGAACACACUCAACACACUCGGAGACCUUCGGGAGGAAGAAGACGAGGAGGUGUAUAAAGCAUUUUUAUUGGAGAUUCCAUCAGUAAAUUGAUAAAUGCCAGGCUUCCCACCGUAACAUAGAAUUUGGCUGUAUCACCAUUGUUACCCUUAUAAAUGUAUGCUGCAUGUGCAAGACCUCAAGAUAUA